UGAUGAGUCGUUUUCGUGGCUUCCGAAUGCUCCCCGCGACGCGGAGACCUUGCGCGAGACGGUUUGAGGAGCUGGGAACUCAUCGCUAGUGCCAGUUGCAAGGCAUGAUUGGGUCCUGUUGCAGCGCGAACGAGUGUGGCUAGGGUCGGUCGCAAAAGUUGUGGUGGCGGUUAAGUCAACGCGAGCGAAUAUGGAGCGUGUAGGAUUAUUCUUCUGUAUCCUCACUGUUUUCCUUCCUUUCCUCUCCGCGCUGGACAGCCAUUUCAGUCCGCGGGACGAACUCCGUCAGCUGUACCCGCCGUUCUACACUCGUGGAAAUCACAGCUCUUCCGAGCUGCUCGCGUCAGCCCUUGGCAAGACCACAACGGGCGCCGAAGAGGCGGUCAGAUGGCUGACAUCCGGCAACGCAUCUUCCCCACUGGCGAUAGGCACGUUUGCGUCGUUCCUGCUGCACGCCCUGCACGCCUUGGCAGAGCCAGACAACGGUGACAGCGCCCGUCGAGUCCUGCGGGCCAUUGAUCUGAUGCGCUCCGGUCUGCCUUUGGAAGCGCUGCUGACAUCCGAAUGGCCGAUUUUCAGCAUACUGGUGCAUUUCCGCUCCGUGGUUGAUGCGGCUGGCCUUGAGAGCGAUGCGAUAUGUGAGUCGAAUGGCGCCUGGUCAUAUCCGUGGGAUGUUCUAAUCGAGGGUUUAGAAUCUCUCAUCGCAAUGGCUCGACGUGAGGGCAUCACUAUUGCCGUGGCGAGCCAUGUGCAGAUCAUCAAGAUGGGAUUUCAUCUAUCGAUGGCGUCCUCCUCUAAGACCUUAGGUCAUAUAGUCGAGUCCUGAGUGACACUUGGACGUUCUUGCCGUGAUUUUCAGGUGACAUGAGCUCAUGUCCUUUAGGCUUCAUGGCCGCUUUGACUUUGUGGCUUUUGACAGCAGCAUUUGUCAGCCCGAUGCUUGAUUUGCCCGACAUACUGCAGACGUAUAAGUAUGGAACAUUUGGACAUAUAGGUGCCCUGUGGAAUCAUUUGAGGAUCGAACAGCUCAUCAGCAAGCGUUGGCGAGUCCUUGAGCUGCUUGAGCUUGUGUCAUCACAGUCGCUCGAGAGGGAAGACAGGGAACGCAAGACCAGGAGACAACAGGGUAAGUGGGACAGAAAACCCUAUAGUGCUUCCAUUUCCCCUGGUCCCCUGCCGUGCGCUCAGCCAUGUCUCCCAAGCGUGCCAACCACUCGAGUGAGGUGAUUCCGAGACGAGGCCUCUUCAUUUCGGUGCUGACGUACAACCGCCCCCAUUCCCUCGUGAGGCUGCUAGAAUCCCUCUCUAGGUCACACUAUCUCGGUCAUCGUGUGGACCUGCUUAUCUCGGUUGACUUGAAUCGUGACGGGCUCGUCCACAGCGAGACGCUUCGGGCGGCCAAGUCUUAUGAGUGGCCGCACGGCAAGCUCACAGUGCGGUUGAGGGAGAGGCACUAUGGAUUGGCUGAGCAGUGGAUCCAUGCAAUUCCCGAAGACAGACUGAAGCAAGACAAUGGCACUGUCCUUCUCAUCCUGGAGGACGACAUCGAAGUGUCUCCGUUCUUUUUUAAGUGGCUCCUCAAGGCCCACGCAGCGUACGGGACGAGGGAAGAUGUGAGUGGAUUCACUCUGCAACGGGCAAUCUUUCGAGGCGACCAGCGACGCUAUCAUGGGAAGCACGUGAGUGUGCAUCAAGGUGUCUUUCUUUAUCCGCUUGUUGGGACCAUCGGAUACAGCGCGUUGCCAGUGGCGUGGCAGCGAUUCGUUCGAUGGUACGCUUCGCUUCGGGUAGACGGUCGCUCUGCACCGCUGGUGCCUCACAUCAUCGCUACGCACUACCUUCUUUCCCUCUCUCAACGCAAUACCUCGAUUUUGACAUCAUCCUCUUCGUGGGGCUCAACAGAAUCUGCUCUCGAUUACUUCAAUCACAUUCAUGGCCUCUACUGUGUCUACGGUAAUGCGCCGGACUACAUGACUCUUGCUGCGCACCACCACGAGCCAGGAGAGCACUUCUCGUCCAGAAAGAUGGAUGCGCUUCCUCUGCCUAAGUGGCAAGACGAAUGGUUCGUUUUUCCUGACCCGCCGGUCGUACUUGGCACCGAUGGCGAACCGAUCCAGUGACUAAUGAGAAGGGCAUGAUAAAUGCUACCCGAACACUUUCAACCACCAUUGACAAAGCAAUUACAUAGACGUGUUGGCCUUCCUUUCUGUCCCCGCUCUUUCCCUCUGUUUCUCCCUCACGUUGCGUUCAGAGGAAAAGAGCGGCUCCACGUUGGGUUGCGUUAAGUGAUUCAGUCCAAACCGACACUUCGAUGCUGACAUCUCCGACAUGGGUAGUUAUAGGACUGUGACGAUUACCUGUAGCCAGCACCCUCACUCAGUAGAAGAGCUUCUUAUCCAGAUUGAGGUCAAACCGGCUGGCGAUUGAAAUACGAAUCGCGGCCAUAGGGGUAUCCUCUUGAUCGCAUCCUGAUACGGUUCGCGCUCCGCAUUAUCGACAACGAGGAUUCCCCCGAUGCUCAGCAAGCCUUUUUUCAGCACAUACUCGAUGCACUUUCCCCGGUGUCUUCCGUCUACGGAUAUGACGUCGAAGGUCCUGUCUGUUGAAGCGGUGUCAAGCACUUCUACAUAUUUCGGGUCGUCCAUAUGGCGGUGGCGAAAAGUCCAUUUUCUCUGGAGCCGCGGGUAGUGUUUCCUGAUGGUCUGCUCUGUAUGCGUAACCCAGCUGCAAAGACACACAGAGGUAGAGAGAGAGGGGAGGAGAGGGAUGGCGGCACCUGUCGUAUGCGUGCUGGAGCAUACCUCUCGCUGUCUUCGAUGGUUGUCAAGGAGGAGACAUGCAAGAGAAGAAAAAGAGUCCUCGAGCCACUGCCCCUGAACGUGAAGUAAGUGUAUAGAAUCCAAAUUGAGACAGACAGUAGGUGUACCAUUCGAGUGCAGUCAUAUCGGUGCGAAGGAUAAAUUGCAUAAACAUCACAGCAUCGCGAGUCCACCACGGCUCGCAUAUAUUUCCCACUGAUGACGGACCGUGCUUUCGGCUCUUCGGCCUCCCGCCAAUUCCAGCAGGGCAAAGAUUGACGAAAACGACCCGAUUGUCUCGGUAAUUCUUGAUCUUUGUUUGGGCACUCAGCGCGCUCAAAAUGACCGCUGACGGAGGAGAUCCGAGCUGCUGACUUGAGUUCACCACCGUCCCAUUGACAUGAGUGUCCAAUCGCCUGUCACGCCUCCGUGACAUGGAGAGAGCUGAUUUGCGGCCGCUGAGAGACCAAUAAACAAAGUAGAGCACCAGCAGCCAGACCGCUCCCGUGGCUGCCGCGCCCACCGACCUUGCCCCGCUCAUUUCAAUUUCCUCGCCAUGAGUAAAUCUGGGUUGUCCGGGAAAGGAAGUUUACCACGUCGGCACAUUUACGAAUCUUUAGUACAAUUACCAUUCCUUGAGUUUUGCGCAUUUUUACAAUGGACACUCUUCUGACUUCCUCUUCUUCCCUGCCCUCGUGCUCAAAGCCGUCUUCUUGGCUCUCUUCUUCGCUUGUCUCGUCGCUCCUUUCGUCACCGACUUCCACCAUCGAGCCAACCCCUCGUUACCGUCGAGCGGGUGUGACAUGUUCGUGUCGCCCGUCAUGUCGACGUCCUGUUGCUGUGUGCUCGACGCGCUUGCGUUGGUGGGAAUGGCCAUAUCAGCGAGGACGAAAAGCCAGAUCAGGGAACAGGAGCGUUCCACGGAGGGAGACGCCCGCCUCGCUGAUCGCGGGGAAGCUGUUGUCAGGUCAGAUCACAACACAGCUGGUGGGCCGAACAAGAGACAAUGGUAGGAGAUUCGGCGGAGAGAGGGAGACGAAGUGUCCAGUAGCCAUUACUUUUGUUUUCCUGCCGGCGGAGUUGGAUGGCCAGAUUCUUGAACCUAUGACCGCAAAGACCUGCACGUGUUCGGUGAGAGGAAGAGAAGAUGACACAUUUCCAGCGAUUGCCGUCGGUCCCUUGCAGUUCGGGUUGAAUGGAAGCAAUUCUUCUACAUACAUUGCAUGUCUUCCCAAUUUUUACAACCGUCAGAUUUAGAGCUAUUUGCGUGAGAGCCAACAUCAUGAUUACUUGGGUUUGUGGCAGGGGAAGUAUACAAGCCGGGCGGCCCUGCGCCAUCGGGGUGACACGUUACGACACGCAGACUCGCACAGAUCUGGCCUUUGCCGAAAUCAAGGGGUAGACAG